ACCUCGGUGCCGGUGAAAACUUUGGUUUUAAGGUUCUACCUCACAAAAUAAUCUGCUGUUUGAAUGCCAACCCUGUGCCACCCUAAUGAUAUCACUGUUAUGGGGGAAGAUAAAGCAGUUGCCUCCAGCAGUUUUGAAGACUUCCUCAUUGCCAUGGAGAGUAGAGCCACUGCCUGAAUCACCUUCGCCGCUGACAGAAGCAGAAAGCUGCAGGUCAUGCAGGAGUUCUGUGCCACAGCCUGCUUUCCCUCAGGGUAGAGUAAUGUGAACAGGACAAACCACCAUUUGAGGCUCUGGUGACACAGCACAUCACUCAGGAACAGGGAGCAAGUCUGCUCCAUGAAUCUCUCCUCAAAUGAUGAAAGCCACGUAAACCACCUGGCUUGAGGGAAGCCAGGUCAUUGUGAUAGAACACUCAUGGGGCAGGAGUGCUCAGCAGUUCUAGAACCGCCGCUCAAAGGCCCCAGUUGGGGCCAGAACUUGGAGGCGGCAGUUGGAGGUCCGAGAUGGCGAGUCUCAACUGGAGGAUGCUGAAGGCGGCCAUGGAGCACUAUCUCUCUGCUGGUUCCCAGACUGCGGACGAGGUGUUGAGGCCAGAGGAGCAGCUGGGAGAGAUCAGUCACAGACGACAGUUACUAGGCAUAGGACCUACUCAGCUCUUGGAUAUGCCACUUGGUGCCAAGCUCCCCUUGCUACCAGGCUCCAAUACAUUGUUCUAUAGAACAACCCUGGGUGAAAAGCUUUAUCAACCUCCUAGUGGCUUUGAUCUUGGUGAUCCUUACUGUCGCUUAAUGACAACAAAAUAUAGAAGUCUACAUGAUCCACAUUUGCGUUCCUAUUACAAGCGCAAAAAUAAUCUACGGAGAUUAAAGAAAGGAGGUUAUGUCACCAACGAUAACAAAGUUGUGUGUUCACUAAAGGAAUUCAAUGAAUACCGGCAGUAUCUGACCACCCUCAAGUUAGAGUUUGAAAAAAAUUAUAUGAGAGAACAAAAGGUGCGGACACCUCUCACUUCAGAGAGUGGCUGCUCCGAGAAGAAAGAGAAAAUUUACAAGAACGAGAAAGACAGAUGA